GAUCGAUGACUCCGACACGCAAUCCGGUGAUUCCCCUGACCUGACUAUCCGAAUAACGUUCGGUAAGCGUAUGACCAACGCCCAAAUGCAGGCGCAAUUUUACUUGAACGAGAAAAAGAUAUUUGAACUAUUCAACUUCCUGAUCGGUCACCUCCUCGUGGAUGAACCGACUGACCCGAUCGAGUACCUUUACGAAUUGCUGGAUAAAUGCAUGCUAUUCAGAGCCGGACUUGGCGAGCCGCCGCUUCUCUUCACCGCCCGACACGUCGAGAGCAUGUUCCAGAGUCUGGAUCCUGGAGGCUUGGGCAGCAUCUCUCUAGACCAGUACAAAGCCGGAAUGACCACCCUUGGCAUUGGCUGCUACGACAUGAACCCGAAGACUUGCUCAGCCGGACGGGUUGACAAACAGACUUUUGAAGAUGAGGCAAAAAAAUGCCUGGUGAGUAUGCUGUCCGAAAUGAUAGUCAAGAAGUCGUAG